GUCAUAUAUGAAUACUAGCGACCGAUGGACAGCGGCGACAGAGUUUUAGUGUUCUUCGUUCUAAGCUAACAUCGUUCGGGACUGCAGACGAUAACAUGAAGGAUCAAGUCGAAGCAGGCCCUCCACUCUCUCCAGAAAGUCCAACUAAAAGGAAGGUUCAAUUUGCUGAUGUUUUCGGCCAGUCUUUGGUGUCAGUGAAAAUGAUCACGCCAAACAACAGUCUGGAAGACCUAGCUGUGAAAAAGACUGAUCAAAUCAAUUUUUUACGCUGUGACUUCCAACAACCUUCAUCUCUCGCAAGCUUUCGGGGUCGCCUUCAACGACAGAAGGUCUGUCUAGAAAAUAUUGCAUUUUCAGGGUUUGCUGUAACUGGAACGGUGCUCGUAAAAAAUAUUUGUUUCGCAAAGGAUGUGACAGUUCGUUAUUCUACGGACAAUUGGAAGACAUACAAAGAUGUCUGGGCUGACUAUGUAAACCAACUCGAUGGUGGAAAGGAGGACAGGUUUCAGUUUCGCAUCUAUUUGCUUCAUAGUAUUCAUGCUGGAUCAAGCUUUGAGUUUGCAGUGAGAUUUCGAGCCGGCCAGACACAAUACUGGGACAACAAUGACAAUGAAAACUAUCGUGUCAUAUGUGUAAUGGACCCAACGCAUGUGAAAAAGAAUAAUCCUGGUACUGGAUAACGGAUGUCGCCAGACACCCGUAGUCUAGUUCGAUUAGUAUGUUGUAUUUUAGGAGUUUCCAAAUCUCAAGCCUAUUUUCUGUGGUGGAGGGGCUGCAAGAAUGAGAUUAUUCAGUUUUGAGAUCACUGAGUGUACUUAUACACUUUGCCUGGAAAAUAAAUCAGCCAAAAGAAAAAGGAGUGUGGUUCAUCAGUUCCUACUAGUAUGGCCCUGCAAGCCACCCAAUCAGCAAUCAACAAAUGGACGAAAAACUGCCGGCAAGUGACAAAAGCGGAGCAACAGAGCGCGCCUUCACAGAAAAAAAAACAGAAUCCCAAACUGGCUCAAUCUCAUUGAACCAGGCCAAAGGAAACUGUCAGUAUAAUGAUAAUAAUAAUUAUAUUUAUUGGGAAGAAAGCCCCAAUGUAUGUGGAGUCCAACUCUAAUGAAGGACUAUAUAAAACAACAUUUUUUGACUCGAAAAGCCACAAGCUUUUUUUGGCGUCAAUGAAAACCAUGUAUAAAGAUAUGUAAAGGAUAAAAAUGUAUGCAGCCAGAGGACUAUUUGAAUUAUUUGUAGACCAUAAGGGCUAAGCUAUCCCUAUGCUCAUGUAUGAUAGGAUGUAUACAUUUUAUUCAUACAUACAUAAACUAUAUAUUAUGUUAUAUAUAUAUAUAUAUAUAUAUAUAUAUAUGUAUAUAAUUUAAAUAUAGUUUAAAACUUUCAUUCGGUUUUCAAACAAAGUGCUCAAUGACAGCUAUAGUCAGAGCAGUGUAAAGUGAAAAAGACAGAAACAAACUACUAUAAAAUCAUAUUUUUUAAAAUGAAUAUAUAUUUCAUUGUAACUUGCCUGACGAGUGUGAUCAUCUCAUGAUCAUACGAAACUAGCUAGUCGCAAUAAAACAAUGAAUCAUUUA